AAAUUCUGUGUUUGGUUAUAUAACUACUGGUUCUUUGAAAACAUCCUUUGAAAAUUGUCAGAAUUAUUGUGGACUUCUCGGUAAUGUUGAUAAUAUUGAUAGAUUGGUAGAAAAAUUUUGGUUAGUGGAAAAUAUUGGUGAAGAAAAGCCAAUUCUUAGCCAAGAAGAAGAAUUCUGUGAACAACAUUUCAAAGACACUUACAGACGAAAUGAAGAUGGCAGAUUUAUCGUAAAAAUGCCUAUGAAAGACGAACAAUUAGGAAAUUCAAAGCACUUAGCCAACAUUAGACUCAAUCAAUUAGUUAAACGUCUUAGCAAAAACGCUACAUUGCAACAUUUAUAUCAAGAUUUCAUAACAGAAUAUGAAAAUUUGGACCAUAUGGAAAGGGUCGAUGAUAAUUCAAAACCGGAACUUGAAUAUUACCUCCCCCAUCAUGGAGUAUAUAGACCAGAGAAGUCAAGUACAAAAUUAAGAGUUGUGUUUAAUGCUAGUGCCCCAAGCUCAAAUGGCUUAAGUUUGAAUGAUUUACUUUUAGCGGGAGCAGUCCAAGAAGAUACUUUUGAUAUUCUUGUGAGAUUUAGAAAACAUCAAGUUGCAGUUAUUGCGGAUAUACAAAAAAUGUACCGGCAAAUUUUAGUUGAUGAAUCCCAAAGAGACUUACUUCGAAUCUUAUGGAAGAGAAACCUUAGCGACUCACCUGUGACAUAUAGACUCAAAACGGUGACUUAUGGUACUAAAAGUGCUCCAUUUUUAGCCAUUAGAUGCAUAAAGCAAGUUGCAUAUGACGAAAUGCAUAAAUAUCCUGAAGCUGCCAAAGCUGUCUUGUCAGACUGUUAUGUUGAUGAUGUCAUCUCUGGUUCAUCAAACUUAGCAGCAGGGAAUUGA